CGGAUUCCAUCACAUUUUGGUUAAGGAGGAGGAUCGGCCAAAAACGGCCUUUGUAUUAUUCGAGGGCACCUGGCAGUGGAUUCGUUGCCCGAUGGGGAUUUGCAACGCGCCAGCUACUUUCCAGAGAGCAAUGAACGUCACGUUUCAGAACUUCGUCAACAAGACCAGACUAACUCAGGGGAUGAUCAAUUUCUGCAUCAUUGUGUACGUGGACGAUAUUCGGGUGUACUCGGAAUCAUUUCACGGCCAUGCACAGCAUAAUAUCAAGGGGACACUUGGAGCACUGCGAGAUGCCGGAUUCAAGAUCGCAUUGGAGAAAAGUGAGUUUUUUCUCACAGAGAUCUCGUUCCUAGAGUAUGCGGUGACCCGGGGAGGGAUGAGACCAGAUUCGAGAAAGCUCGUGGUUGUUCGAGACGCCCCCACGCCUACGCCGUUGACACAGCUCGUGGACGAUCUACCUCUGGAGAUCCUGUCGCGCUGCGACGAACCAUCCACGAUCGCGGCGCUCCCUCGAACGUUGGCCCCACAACUAUUGUGGUCCACGUGCACGGAACUCGACAGCGAUAACAUCUACCUCCCUUUGUCGGGCGACUAUUUGGUCAUCGAUUGGACCGAUAUCACCUUGUGGGAUCCGAUCAUCCGAAGAGUGGAGGUGGGAACGGGAGAAGAGGAAGAGGAAGAAGAAGAGGAGGAGGAAGAGAGGGAAGACACGAACGAAGAAGAAGAAGACUCGGAGGCCGGAUCGGAUGACCCGGAAUAUCGCGAAUCGGAGGAAACCGGGUCGGAAGAAAGUGGAUCGGACGAAUCAUGCGGUUCCGGCGAACAGAGUAAGGAGGAAGACGAAGCAGUGGCUCAGAGGAGACGGGAGAGGGCAGAAUAGAAGCGCCCAGUAAAGGAGUCGGACGAGC